AUGGCUCUCAGUAAUGGGACUGGGCCCCAGUCAGAUCCUCCAAGCGAGUAUGAAUUCCUGGACAAGAUCAUUCGACACAUGGAUCGACACCUCAUCUUCCCACUGCUCGAGCACGAAACGAAUCGCGAAGACAUCUCCGAUGAGCGACUGAAAGACCUGACCAUUGCGAAAUACCGCCUCCUCUACAACACGAACAUGACUGAUUAUGUGGCCGAUCUGUGGAAGGAAGUCAACGACUCUGAUGAAGUCCCGACUGAAUUUUCGAAGAAGAGAGAAGAAGUUCUAGAGAGGCUGCGCAUAUUUGAAGAAGAAUCUUCUAAGAUUACGGACCUACUGGCAGAUGAUGCGGUGGUCUCACAACUUCGCAGCGACAAAGUUGCGAACCUGAAAUUCCUCGAGGAAAAUCAUGGUGUUACGAUCGAAAUGGUGAACAUUCUCUACGACUUUGGCAAGUUUCGAUACGCCUGCGGCGAUUACGAACGAGCUUCCGAUCUUUUGUACCAAUUUCGAGUUCUCAGCACAGACAACGAGAAAGUCUCUCGAGCAACGUGGGGAAAGCUGGUGUGUGAAAUCUUAAACACAAACUGGGAGGCUGCGAUGGAGGAAAUUCAGAAGCUGAAAGACAGCAUCGAAACGAGAUUGUUCAACAACCCACGAGCACAACUCACUGCGCGUGAGAGUCUUGUGCAUUAUGCACUCUUUCCCUUCUUCAACUACGAACCCGCUCGCGAGACUCUGACCGAACUCUACUUCUCUCCGCCAUACAUUUCUUCAAUUCAGACAGUAUGCCCUUGGAUCUUACGAUACCUUGCUGCGGCUGUCAUUACGAACCGAUCGAGGAAUAAAAAUCUUGGUUCAUCUUCGGGUGCAUAUCAGAAGCAGCUGAAAGAUCUGGUCCGAGUGGUCAAGCAGGAGGUCUACGAGUACAACGAUCCCGUGACCGAGUUCGUCAAAGCUUUGUAUGUCGAUUUCGACUUCGAGGAGGCACAGAGGAAGCUUGGAGAAGCUGAGGCAGUGCUGAGGAAUGACUUCUUCCUGGGUAGCUCGACAGAUGUCUUUGUUGAGAGCGCGAGACAUCUCAUCUCGGAAAGUUACUGCAAGAUCCAUCAAAGAAUCGAUAUCAAGGACCUCUCAAAACGACUUGGGCUCUCUGAAGAAGAUGGUGAGAAAUGGAUUGUCAACCUAAUCCGAGACACCCGAGUUGAUGCCAAACUCGACUACAAAGCUGGAACCGUUGUGAUGAACCACCCACCACAAAGUGUGUACCAGCAGGUGAUUGAGAAGACGAAGGGCGCGUUCUUCAGGACACAAGUGUUGAGUGCUGCUGUUGCGAAGUAG